AUGUCCAGCGAACUUCUCAAUGAUGCAGCCAUCGUGCUCCAUCGCAUUCUCAGUAAUGAAAACAUCAAGUACGGCAUUUUUGGUGGUUAUGCUAUCAGUGCCUUCGGAGGCCACCGCCUCACCAAGGACAUCGAUGUUCUAGUCUCGGGUUCCAAAGAUGAGAUCGUCAAACUGAUCACCGAGGAGCAUGGUUUCGAGGCCAUCGAGCCAACCAGAGAUGACUACGUCGCUUUCUUCUGGACCGAUAAAGCUAGCCUUAAAUUUCCAGUGCUAGUAAAGAUUUUCUACGAGCAGUUCCCAGGCCACGAGCAUACGAUGGAACAUGUCACCUGUACCACCAUUCCCAUCAAAGGCCUCUACCACGGCCCCGGAAUCGCUUCCUUCCUCGACCCACCUUACUUAUUCAAGGGGAAGGUCCACGCUGCCAAGACCCGGUACAAGGCAUGGGACACAGCUGACAUGCGAGCCUUGGUGACCAGAUUCGAGGAAGAUAUCGCCGAUCACAUUGACGAGAUUAACAUCAAGGACAUCGGACUUUCUAUGAAGAGACACGCCGACCUCGCAUUCCUAUUCCGUCAGCUCGACGUUGACAUAGAUGAAGCUGAACUAGCGGCUAAGACCAUCGGUCUGCACGAUACCAAGAAGCCGUUGGGUUUAGGGGUUAUUCAAACCAGUUUGCUAGCAUAA